AAGAAAUGAAUUAAUUUCUAUUUCUUUCUUGUAUAAAUGAUCUAUAUGUUUAUUGUAUAUGUAUAAAUGUUCAAUUUCAAUGGAAUAUUGGAUAUGCUUUGUUUAAUUAGAAGUUCUAUGUAAAUCAAUGUCAAUAAUGAAAGAUUUUGAAUUAGAUAAAUAUUCAACUGGAUUAGUAUCCCAUCGUAAAUCAUUAAUAAAAUCAGAUUAUAAAACGACUACACAUUGUAAUAAUGAAAAACGUUUAAAUUAUCCAUUUACAGAUAUUGAACAUUGGGAUAAAUUCUCGAAAACAGGUAAUAGUAGUAAUAGUAAUAAUAAUAAUAAUAAUAAUAAUAAUGGAGAUUCUAAAUCAUUAUCCCAUAUUAAAUUACCAGAACGACAUGUAUUCACUGCAUCCACAGCAUCAUUAAUUGUACAUGUACCUAGUCUAUCUUAUGUAAGUGAAGAUAUAGAUGAUGAUUUAUCAGAUCAUGAAAUUUCUAAAUUAAAUCUAAAUCUAAAUAAUAAUAAUAAUAAAAACCAUAAUCGAAUUUGUCCAAUAUGUAAUACUAUUUAUAUAGAUUUACAACAACAGUUUGACGAUUUUCAUUUAAAACGAUUCUUUAGUUUAUCUAGUAUGAAUGUAAAUAUGGACGGUACUACUACUACUUCUACUACUAAUAAUAAUUAUGAUAAUAGUAGUAUAACUAUACCAAGACUAUGGGAUAUACUUGAUAUAUUUUCAACUAAUUCAUCGAAAAAUUUUUGUCCAUUUCAUAAAAGUUUAAGUCUACACUACAGUACAUUUUCAUCUAUUACUCAUAAUCAUAAUAAUAAUGUCAGUUCAACUUUAACCAACUCACUUAGUCUACCAUGUUUAUCUAAUUUUGAUGAACAAUUAACAAUGUUAUCAACAAGAUCUAAUGAAAAUACCAUUUUACAUAGUAACAAUAAUAAUCAUAAUAAUGUAAUAUACAAUAGAAAUAUUAAUAAUACUCCAUCAAUUUCAAUAGAAUAUGCUGAUAAUAUCUCUAUGACUACAAAUAAUUCACAAGAACAAAUAAUCAAUAAUCAAUUAUCUGGUGAAACUAAAAGUAAGUGUGAAUUAUGGUUGAAAACAUGUUAAUGUUUUUUUUUGUUUGUUUUUUUUUGAGGGGGGGGGUGUUUUUGUUUGUUUUUUUCUUUAUGUUGAUGUUUACUCGUUUUCAUUUUCUUUUUAUUUUCAAAAUUGAUCAUAAUUAAAAUGAUAAAUGUAAACUAAAAUAAACUGAAACAUUGAAAAUAAUAAUCAAUAUUCAAUAUGUGUUAUCCAUUUUUCUUUCAUUAAUAUACUGAACAUUAUUGAAUACAAUGAUGAUAUAUUGUUUUAUUUGUUCCUUCGCCGCCCCCAUUCUCACUCUCUCUCUCUCGCUCGCUCCCAUACACAUACAUACAUACAUACAUAGAUACUUAGUUGAUCUCCUUACAUUUUAUCACUGAGUGUUCUCUCUGUUAAAAAAAAUAUUGCUUUUAUUGUGAAUGUUCUAAUUUCUAACGUUAUUGUUACUAAUGUUGUUAUAACAUUGUUGUGAUUGUUAAUGUCAUUCCUUAUAUUUCCCUCUCUCUCUUUCGCUGGCUUCCUUGUUCGUUCUGUCUCUCUUUAUGUCUCUUUGUGAAUUUUAAUUCUUGUAAAAGUGAAAAGAAAACUAUUAAGAAAUCUUCCAUUGAUGAAUGAGUUAUUUGUUGUUGUU